AGCCAAUCACAUCGCUCGGCUCUUUCCUGGUUCCGUCCACUUAACAUCCAGUUCAGGUCGGCACGAGCGCCUUCUUCGCGUGACCGCACGAGACAGACGCAGAGCACCGCACCGCUCCUGUACACAGCUAGGCCGCAACGUUCUUCUACAGAUCUAGAAUCAUGUCCAUCCUGAAGAUCCACGCUCGUGAGAUUUUUGACUCCCGUGGCAACCCCACUGUUGAGGUUGAUCUUUACACCAAGAAAGGUCUCUUUAGAGCGGCAGUUCCCAGCGGAGCCUCCACCGGCAUCUAUGAGGCCCUGGAGCUCCGUGACAAUGACAAGACUCGCUACAUGGGCAAAGGUGUCUCAAAAGCAGUUGAACAUAUCAAUAAAACUAUUGCACCUGCACUGGUUAGCAAGGAUGUCAACGUCGUGGACCAGGAGAAGAUCGACAAGCUGAUGCUGGACAUGGAUGGCACAGAAAACAAAUCAAAGUUUGGUGCCAACGCCAUCCUGGGCGUGUCCCUGGCUGUGUGCAAGGCGGGUGCAGCGGAGAAGGGCGUUCCUCUCUACCGCCACAUUGCAGACCUGGCUGGCAACCCUGAAGUCAUUCUCCCCGUCCCUGCUUUCAACGUCAUCAAUGGCGGCUCCCAUGCCGGCAACAAGCUGGCCAUGCAGGAGUUCAUGAUCCUGCCUGUUGGAGCCAGCAGCUUUAAGGAGGCCAUGCGCAUUGGCGCCGAGGUCUACCACAACCUUAAGAACGUCAUCAAGGAGAAAUAUGGAAAGGACGCCACUAAUGUAGGCGACGAGGGUGGCUUUGCCCCCAACAUCCUGGAGAACAAAGAAGCUCUGGAGCUGCUGAAAAAUGCUAUUGCUAAAGCCGGCUACACUGACAAGAUCGUUAUUGGCAUGGACGUCGCUGCCUCUGAGUUCUACAAGGACGGCAAAUAUGACCUGGACUUCAAGUCUCCAGACGACCCCAGCCGCUACAUCUCCCCAGACAAACUGGCUGACCUCUACAAGAGCUUUGUCAAGGAUUACCCAGUGGUUUCCAUUGAGGAUCCAUUUGACCAGGAUGACUGGGAUGCAUGGGCCAAAUUUACUGCCACCACCAGCAUCCAGGUGGUCGGCGAUGACCUCACUGUCACCAACCCCAAACGCAUCGCCAAAGCCGUGGCUGAUAAGGCCUGCAACUGUCUCCUGCUGAAGGUCAACCAGAUCGGCUCGGUCACAGAGUCCCUGCAGGCCUGCAAGAUGGCCCAGAGCAACGGCUGGGGCGUGAUGGUCAGCCACCGCUCUGGAGAGACAGAGGACACCUUCAUCGCUGACCUUGUGGUCGGUCUGUGCACCGGACAGAUCAAGACGGGUGCUCCUUGCCGAUCUGAGCGUUUGGCCAAAUACAACCAGAUCCUUAGGAUUGAAGAGGAGCUUGGUGACAAGGCCCGGUUUGCUGGCCAGAACUUCAGGCACCCCAUCUGAGCAAGUUGUCUCCCUCGGGUCAACGUUUUCUCAUUGCUCACAAGAUAAUCCCCAAAUAUAUGCCACGCUAGGCCGCCUGCCCCUGUAUGGAAAGAAGGAAAGAGCAACACUGUAACCCAAGGUCCAAGUCUGUGGAUUGUGGCGUGUGGGCGCGACAGUACAUCAGCGCAGCCGCAGUUCAUGUCAUCCUCCAGCAAUGGUUCAGCUUCUGAAUGUGACGGUCUCAUGUCUAUGUUAGCGUUACCGUGUGAGUUUUUUGUUAGGCUUCUUGUGAGUUGUAGUGAUUGUGGUCCUCUAUUGAGUAUAUGAGCUACUGUAACUUUAGCACUGCUCUGCCUGAAGCAAUGAUAACCGUACUGUAUGUGCUAAAUGUCACAUCUGACAUGGUCUUGUGUUGAUGUAAGUGUUGGCAGAAAUAUGUAAUAAAAAUAUAGUUUCCACAG